AUGGAAAACAAUAAAACAACACAAGCAACAUGCAAUAGCUUCGUACCAGCACUUGAUUUUCCAAUUUUUGAAUCCAUUGGGGGCACUGCAUCGAUGGCUUCUUCAUCAGAACAACAACAGCAGCAACAAAUGAUGGCAAAUAGUAUAAACAAUGAUGAUUUGAUGGCAGUGGUAGCGGCAGCCGGAACACAGCAACAAGGAACAAGUCAAUCUUCAACUUCUUCACCACAGCCAAUGCAACCAAAUUUUAGGACGCCAAAUUCGAUUAACAGUAACAGUAUAUCGACACCUUCACCGAAUUACCCGUCAUCUAACUCAUGGCCUGGUGGUUUUGGUGGUCAGCAACGGAUUAAUGAUGAUUUGACAACAACAGCUAAUACAAGUAUUAUGCCGUCGACUUCAACAGAUAUGGUUUAUGUUCGACGAUUGACGAUUGAGCGACCACAAUCACGGCUACGCAUUUUCACAUCGAGAAUGGCGAAUGAGGCGGCUGAACAAGUUCGCCUCAGGAAUUUUGAGUCAAUAAUACAAUGGCACGAAGCAAAUUUUCCACCUAGUACAUCAAAUUUACCAAAUGGCAUUAUAAAUAAUAGUGAUAACCAUAAAAUUGUGAAAAAUGGCAGAAAGCGGAAACAGGAAUUGAAAACUCGAUCAUCAAAUCAACCAAAUGGCAGCUUGAUGACAAAUUCACCUUGUUCUGUGAUCCCUCAACCAAAUUCAAAUGGUGCAUCAAGAACUAAUAGUGCUGAACAAAGACAAAGCGAGCAACAUUCAUCUUCAUCGAACGACUUAUUAAUGUUGGGUGAUGAGGAAACGACUGGAGACGAUCCCCUAAGGAGAAUGGAGCGCAUGACCCAUGACUCACUGUUUGAACCGGCAUCAAAAGUUCAUCGUCUUCACACUGAUUCGAAUUUAUCAGCUAGAAGGGAAGAAGAUCGCAAUGCGAAACUGGAAAAGAUGAGAGCACUUGAACAUCAGAUAAUGGCAGACCGUUCUAAGCCAGACCCACAAGCACAAACCAAAUGGAAUUUGUUGUUGCAAGAGCAUGAAGCGCAGAAAAUGGGCUAUUCGCAGUCAAUGGUGCAGCAACAACAGCACCAUUAUGCAGCCAAUCAAACAAUGAUGCCUCCACCAAAUUUCUCCAGUCCUUCACAUACAGGUCCGCAGAUUCUCCCGGCAUUUCAGCGUCCUGCUUAUCCGCAGAUGCCUCUUCACAUCACUUCUAAUUCUGGAACAGUUAAUGGGAUAAUUCCUACUAUGCCGGGUCCAUCGAUAUCUCAGCCGCUUCGGCCAUCACUUAACCUAACCGCAUACGGUCAAUAUCCAUCUGAUAGUUUUCACUGUGUACCACCAUAUUCGAACGCGUAUUUUCCUGUUCCUCCUCAAGGAUGUCCACCUGAAUUACAGCAAAAUAUGCCGGGUAGUUAUGGUCACAUGUUUGGACCACCAAAUGGGGCACCAAUGCAUAACAGGGGUUAUCCGAUAUAUUCUCCAAACAUGCGUGCAACAUAUCAUCCAGAAAAGGUUAUGCCAGCAGAUUUGUGGAAUAGACAGCUUCCUCAGCCGAUUAAUAAUCUCGAAGCCCGUAUUCCUAAUCAAAAAAUUCAAUAUCAUCCGAGUGGUGCUGUCUUUGAUGAAAAUUAUCAAGAGCCAAUGAAUAAUGGUACAAUGUAUACCUAA